CCCGGGCGCAGGCCGGGAGCGGCUCCGGGAGCGGCUCCGGGAGCGGCACCGGGAGCGGCUCCGGGAGCGGCUCCAGGCCCGGGCGGCGGCGCGGGAGGAGCGGAGCGGGGGCGCAGCCGCCGCGGGAGCGCGGCCGCCGCUCGGCGCAGCCCGGCCCGGCCCCCGCACAUCCGGGCGCUCCCGCAGGCCCGUCCCGGGCGGUCCCGGGCGGCUCGGCCCGGCGGCCCGGCGCGGCCCGGCGCGAUGCUGCGCUGCAUGCCGCCGCUCUGGCGCUGCAACCGGCACGUGGAGGCGCUGGACCGGCGGCACUGCUCGCUGCAGGCCGUGCCCGAGGAGAUCUAUCGCUACAGCCGCUCGCUCGAGGAGCUGCUGCUGGACGCCAACCAGCUCCGCGAGCUGCCCAAGCCUUUCUUCAGGCUCCUGAACCUGCGCAAGCUGGGCCUGAGCGACAAUGAGAUCCAGAGGCUUCCCCCCGAGGUGGCCAACUUCAUGCAGCUGGUGGAGCUGGACAUCUCCCGCAACGACAUUCCAGAAAUUCCUGAAAGCAUCAAAUUCUGCAAAUCCCUGGAAAUCGCAGACUUCAGUGGGAAUCCUCUCUCCAGGCUUCCUGAGGGCUUCACCCAGCUCCGGAGCCUGGGCCACUUGGCCUUGAAUGAUGUGUCCCUGCAGAGCCUCCCCACUGACAUUGGGAAUUUGGCAAACCUGGUGACUUUGGAGCUACGUGAGAACCUGCUAAAGACUCUCCCCACUUCACUCUCCUUCCUUGUCAAGUUAGAGCAGUUGGAUCUCGGUGGCAAUGACCUGGAAGUACUGCCGGACACUCUGGGCGCGCUCCCGAACCUGCGCGAGCUCUGGCUGGACCGGAACCAGCUCUCGGCCCUGCCUCCGGAGCUGGGCAACCUCCGCCGACUGGUCUGUCUGGAUGUGUCGGAGAACAAGCUGGAGCAGCUGCCCAACGAGGUCAGCGGGCUGGUGGCACUGACGGACCUGCUGCUGUCACAGAACCUGCUGGAAUGCAUUCCGGAUGGGAUCGGUCAGCUGAAGCAGCUCUCCAUCCUCAAGGUGGACCAGAACCGGCUGACAGACGUGACGGAGUCAAUUGGGGACUGUGAAAAUCUGUCAGAGCUCAUCUUGACCGAGAACAUGCUGACGGCCUUGCCCAAGUCUCUGGGCAAACUGGCCAAGCUGACGAACCUGAACGUGGACCGGAACCGCCUGACGGCGCUGCCGGCGGAGAUCGGGGGCUGUGCCAACCUCAACGUGCUGUCCCUGCGCGACAACCGCCUGGCACUGCUGCCCCCCGAGCUGGCCAACACCACCGAGCUCCACGUCCUGGACGUGGCUGGGAACAGGCUGCAGAACCUGCCCUUUGCUUUGACAAAUCUUAACCUGAAAGCCCUGUGGCUGGCAGAAAACCAGUCCCAGCCCAUGCUGAAAUUCCAAACCGAGGAUGAUGAAAAGACAGGAGAAAAGGUUCUCACUUGCUACCUUCUCCCUCAGCAGCCCUCUCCCAGCCUGGAGAACCUCCUGCAGAACAGUGUGGAUGAAAGCUGGACAGACACCAACUUAAACAGAGUCAGUGUCAUCCAGUUCCUGGACGAACCCAAAGGAGAUGAUGAGGAGGAGUCUGGAGCUGAGAGGAGGGGCCUGCAGCGCCGAGCCACCCCUCACCCCAGCGAGCUGAAGGUGAUGAAGAAGGUGAUCGAAGUUCGGCGUAACGAGGUGAACGCCGCGAAGGCCGACGCCGACCUCAACUCUCCGAACUCAGAAGAGAAGAGGCUGAGUGCCACGUCGAACCGCAGCGAGGACUCGCACGUGUCCACCAGCACUGCCUCUGCAGACUGCAGGGCAGAGGAGGGGGACCGGGGCUGGCCCAACGGGCAGGUGCCCAACGUGCUGGAGAAGGAGGCAAAGCCCAGAGCAGAAGAGGAGCAUAAGGAAGCUGCUGGCCAGGAGGAGGAAGAUGUGGAAGUGGAAUACAAUGAGCCCACUGUCCACUUUGCUGAGGACACACUGAUACGGAGUGAGGAUGAGGACGAGGAUGAAGAGCGACCAUUCCCAGUGGAGAAGCAGAGGCUCAUCCGCAAGGACACGCCCCAUUAUAAGAAACACUUCAAGAUCACUAAACUGCCCAAGCCAGAGGCAGUGGUGGCACUUCUGCAGGGGCUGAACAGCGAGGGGGUCCCUAAAGAGGAGGAGGAGUUGGGAGGCUGCAAUAACAACACAGAGCCCGAGGAACAGGAGGAAGCGUGGGAUGAGGAUGACAGGAAGAAUGGAGCUCUGUCUGCUCAGCCCUCCGUGAAGGGGGUGUCGUUUGAUCAAGCCAAUAAUCUGCUGAUUGAACCUGCUCGCAUUGAGGAGGAAGAGCUGACACUGACCAUCGUGCGGCAGACGGGGGGGCUGGGCAUCAGCAUCGCGGGGGGCAAGGGCUCCACCCCCUAUAAGGGGGACGAUGAGGGCAUCUUUAUUUCCCGUGUGUCCGAAGAGGGUCCUGCGGCUCGCGCAGGGGUCCGCGUUGGGGACAAGCUUCUGGAGGUGAACGGCGUGUCCCUGCACUGUGCUGAGCACCACGUGGCCGUGGAGGCGCUGCGGGGCUCGGGAAGCUCCGUGUCCAUGACGGUGCUGCGGGAGCGGAUGGUGGAGCCGGAGAACGCCAUCACCGUCACCCCGCUGCGCCCCGAGGACGACUACAGCCCCCGGGAGCGGCGCGGGGGGCUGCGCUUCCCCGAGCGCCCCGAGGGAGCCCCUGCCACCGAGAGAUAUUCCACCUGCCUCAUGCGCAACGAGAAGGGCCUGGGCUUCAGCAUCGCCGGCGGCAAGGGCUCCACUCCCUACCGGGCUGGGGACACGGGGAUCUUCAUCUCCCGGAUCGCAGAGGGUGGUGCAGCCCACCGGGACGGAAUCCUGCACGUCGGAGACCGGGUCAUCUCGAUCAAUGGGGUAGACAUGACAGAAGCCAGGCAUGAUCAGGCCGUAGCGCUGCUUACCGCGGCCUCCCCCACCAUCGUGCUGCUGGUAGAGAGAGAGGGCUCGGAGCAGCCCGGCGAGGGAGCCGCGCCCCGCGGGCGCAUGCACUCCCCCCCGCCGCCCCCCGGGCCCGGGGACAGCCCGCCCCAGGAGACCCCCGCGCCGCAGAGGAACCACCUCUCCAGAGGGCUGGAGGAUCAGUACCCCAUCGAGGAGAUCCAUCUGGUGAAAGCGGGUGGUCCCCUGGGCCUCAGCAUCGUUGGAGGCAGUGACCAUUCCAGCCAUCCCUUUGGGAUUCAUGAGCCAGGGGUCUUCAUCUCCAAGGUCAUUCCCCGGGGGCUGGCGUCGCGCAGCGGGCUCCGCGUGGGGGACAGGAUCCUGGAGGUGAACGGCAUCGACCUGCGCCACGCCACCCACCAGGAAGCGGUGAACGCGCUGCUCUCCAACGCCCAGGAGCUCUCCAUGCUGGUGCGGAGGGACCCGCCUCCGCCGGGCAUGCAGGAAAUAUGCAUUGAAAAGGCUCCAGGAGAGAAGCUGGGCAUCAGCAUCCGGGGUGGAGCCAAGGGCCAUGCUGGCAAUCCGUUUGAUCCCACCGACGAAGGCAUCUUCAUUUCCAAGGUGAGCUCCUCGGGGGCUGCGGCCCGGGACGGCCGCCUGAGGGUGGGGCUGCGGAUCCUGGAGGUGAACCACCAGAGCCUGCUGGGGAUGACGCACACGGAGGCGGUGCAGAUCCUCCGGGGGGUGGGCGACGCGCUGCUCGUGCUGGUGUGCGACGGCUUCGACCCCAAGGCUGCAGCUGCCAUCGAGAUGUCCCCAGGAAUCAUCGCAAACCCUUUUGCUGCUGGCAUCGGGCGCAAGAACAGCCUGGAGAGCAUCUCCUCCAUUGACCGGGAUUUGAGCCCUGAGGAACUGGAGAUCCUGCAGAAGGAGAUGGAAAUGGUGAGAGAAGCAACUCAGUGGGAGAGAGAAGAAAUGGAGAAAGUGGAGCGGAUGCGUAGGGAGCGGGAGGCAGCCACGCAGCAGCUUGAGGAGGAGGUGGAGAGCAUCCCCAGUGAACCCCUGCGCCUGGACUACCGGACCCUGGCAGCGCUGCCCAGCAGUGGCCUGCAGAGAGGCAACCGUGCUCCUGUUCAGUGUACUAAGCCCAGCUCCAGCAUGGAGGGUGACUGCACGGUGCUGUCCCUGCCCCUGGCACGGGACAGCCGGGAAGCGUCCCCGGACCCAGCAGUGGGUGCGACCAGCAGCAGCGUGGCUGGGCCCCCUCAGCACCCCAGGGGCACGACCAGCAGCAGCGUGGCUGGGCCCCCUCAGCAUCCCAGGGGCACGACCAGCAGCAGCGUGGCUGGGCCCCCUCAGCACCCCACGGGCACGACCAGCAGCAGCGUGGCUGGGCCCCCUCAGCACCCCACAGGCACGACCAGCAGCAGCAUGGCUGGGCCCCCUCAGCACCCCACGGGCACGACCAGCAGCAGCGUGGCUGGGCCCCCUCAGCACCCCGCGUCACCCCAGCAGCACACGAGCGGGGCAGAACAGCCCUGGAGAGACAAGCAGGACUCCACAGGGUGUCCCUUGUCCCAGGAGCAGCUUCCAGAGCCGCCCGAGCCAGAGUGUCUGAUCGACUCGCAGCCCAUCCCCUUCAGUGAGAACCCCUUUGUGGUGGCCAACCGCAGGGGCAAGGCCGCAGGCACAGCCAGCCUGGGAGGGCCUCCCCUGGGCUACGGCAGCGGGGGCGUGCUGAAGACCAACCUGUACUGCAAGGCUCCUGUGGGCGAGUCUGGGACAGGAAAUUCCAGGCGUGAAACCCCCUAUUCACCCAGUAAUCCACAGGUGCCCGCAGCCCCCCGGCCCCCUCACCUGGCCGGCAGGGAGACCCGCUUUGCUUCCAUUAACUUCAUUACGUCGCAGGAUGACAGUAAAUCAACCAAGCCCGGCGUCAUUCAGCCUCUGUCCCGCGUGCGACAAAGCGCUGCCUCACACACAGCAGAGGAGGGGGACAGCCCCAACCCCUUCCAGCAGCCCGAGCCAUGCUUCAGGAUCCACAACUCUCAAAAGCCACUGUCGCCACCCUCCCCUGACGAGGUGCCCAUCAAUGUCAAGCAGGCCUACAAGACCUUCGCAGCGGUGCCCCUGUCCCACCCGCUGCUCGGGACACAGGAAUUGUCAGGUCAGAGCAGCACGGAGAACACCAAAAUGGCCUCGGAGGAGGCCGUGCACAGGCCCGGGGGACAGCACAGCCCCGAGCAAAGGUCCUUCCGUGAGAGGCAGAAGUAUUUUGAGAUUGAAGUGAAACAGCAGCACCUGGACAAGCCUCCCAAGCGUGUGUCCUUGGUGGGGGAGGAUGACCUGAAGAAAAUGAAGGAGGAAGAAGCCCGCAAGCUGCAGCAGCAGCGAGCCCUUCUGUUGGAGGAGGAGGCCGAGGAGGAGGAGGAGGAGGUGAGGCAGGUGCCCGAGGCCGUGCAGUCCAGCAUCAUCAUCGAGGGUGUCGAGUACAAGGUCGAGAGGCUGAAUGGAAGGAGCAUCCAGGCUCCAGCAGCUCGGCCCUCGGAGCUCAGUGAGAACAGCAGCUUGCAGAGGAAUUCUCUGGAAGAGGGGAUCAAGCCUGAGCAGAGAACCAACUCCAUGUCAGGGCUGAGCCCGUUCCCGGGGGAUCCCGGCGCUCCGGUGCGGACGGCCAAGGCCGAGCGGCGGCACCAGGAGCGGCUGCGGAUGCAGAGCCCGGAGCUGCUGAGCGGGCAGGAGAAGGAGAAGGAGCUGUCUCCAGCGGAGCGCCGGGCACUGGAGGCUGAGAAGCGGGCUAUGUGGAGGGCAGCACGAUCCUCAGCUCUUGAAGACAGUAUUAAACAGUACGAGCAGGAUCUGGCCAGGAAGCUGUACCAGUCCCGGCAGUGGGCAUCUGCUCCCGGGGCCAGGCCAGCUCAGAUGUCUAGCCCAGUGCAGAGUCACGCCUCAAGAAUCCCUGGGUCAGGAGGCCAAUCCAGGAUGAAAUCACUGGAACAGGACGCUCUUAAAGCCCAAAUGGUUAUUGCCAAGUCCAAGGAGGGGAAGAAGCGCAGCACUCUGGAGCAGCUGGCAGAGUCACCGUCGCCCGCUCCGACGCCGUCCCCGACGCCGCUGGAAGAUUGCAGCCCCAGGAACGUCACCUCCCCGGGAAGGCUGUCCAUGUCUGAAAAGAAGUUUGACUACCGGGAAUUUGCUGCUAUUCCUUCCUCCAAACCUGUUUACGAAAUCCAGUCGCCUGAUGCAGCUGAUGACCUCAGAUACGUCGAGGACCGAAAUAAUUCAGUUCCCCGGGAGCAGGAUGGGCAGCCAGAGGAAGAGGACACGUUAGGAACACGGGAUCCAUCAGCACCAACUCCCUCAGCCCUGGAGGACAUGGCCCUGUACAGCAGCAAGCGCAAGCUCCGGCACAGCCGGCGCAGUCUGGAGACCGCUGUCCCCACGUAGGUGACCCGACACCCCGGGCGAUGGACGAGCCCGGCACAGCCCUUCCGAGCUCCCCGUGCUCCAGGGACAGCCCCGGGCUGCCACCCUGCCAGACUGGAUGGGACCUGACACCCCGGGAGCUCUGUGGCCAACUGACUCCUCCGAGGCUGUGAACCACCCUCGCUUCUCACCCGACAGCGCACUGGGCACGUCCCGAAACCGGGGCAGCACCGGACUGACUGCUGGAGAUGGAGAGGAGGGGUGGGCAGGACAGUGGGCAGCUCGUUAGCCUGUAAAUAUUGUGUGUGGGGAAGGGUAGGACAGGGAGAAUGUAGGAGUGUGAGAGUGUGUUGGGCUCCAGCUGUUACUGCCUCAACUUGGUUUUUGUAGUGGUUAAAAGGAGCUUUUCCUCUGGUGGGAAUCAGGAGGAAGGUCCAGCCUGCCUUUACUCCUGUUUAAUUUUCAGUUUUUUGCCAAAAAGCAUCUCCUCCCACCUCCUGCACUGUGUCACCUCACUUCCCUUUGGGACCGUGUGGGAAUGGGAAGCUUGGAGGCAAAAAAAAAAGGAAAUACAAAGGAAAAAAAACCUGCAGAAUUCCAGCAAAGUGCCUCCCUCUGCCACUGACACUCUGUGCUCAAGGAACAUGCCAAAGCCUGGGCCAGCUCUGUGCCACCUGCCUCUGUCCUGGUAGGACACUGCUCCUGCUGGGACUCUGUGCAGUCCUGGGGACAGGUCCUUCCCUGGAUGGACACGUCGCUGUGUCACACGUGGUGUGAGCAGCUCCACGAGCACACAAGUGUCAGAGGAGGCCAGGCUCUGUCUUCUGUAGCACUGGGGCUGAACUGGUGGACUGGGGCAGGAAUGGGACGGAGCCAACAGCUGUAGCAGGGGUUUAGGGGGGGUGUGACAGCAAUGGGGAGCAGGAUAGUUGGGGUAGGACACGGUGGCAGAGGUGGGAGGUGUGACAGCAGUACCUUAGUGGGUAGGAUUCAGAAACUGGGAAUGGGUAGGACGUGGCGUUGCUGGGGUCAAGUUGGGAAUUACGGGGUCUUACAGGUAGGAAAUGUGGUGGGGAGUCCGCAGUGUCCAUGGCUGGCCGCGAGGUGGAGUGGAGCGUCACAGGGUGCCUGGCCCGGGGCUGGCAGGGAGCACCAGGAGCACCACGGAGCAGGACGGGGCUGGCCUGUGCCUUGCAAUAACCACACAGUUCCACUUUGCCAGCCUGUUGGCUUCAGGCCCCUUUCCGUGGAGAACAGGGACAAUGAAUGUUUGCCCAUGCAAGAGGGAAAAAGGAAAAUGAGAAAUGAGCGGGGGUGCGAGUCCUGGGUGUGAGUUCUGGUUUCCACGUGUGGAACGAGGGCUGCGAGCAGGUUCUGUAUCACGUGAGCUCUGCAGAUGUGGAGGUCACAGCUGCUGCUCCCAGCUCUGCCAUCAACCUCUGCUGCCACUACUGAGGGGAAACAGCCCUUUUCUUUUUUUUUUUUUUCACUGCCUCUAACUGGGAGGAAGGUCCGAGCUUGGCCCGACCCCAUUCCCCAUCCAUUGGUGCUCUCUGACUCCCCAGCAAGACCAGGGUUGGACCUUGAGCCUGACAGUGGCUGGGCAGCGACAGGCACAUCUGCUUGUACAUUUGCUGAAGGAAAGAACUGGAUGCAGUUUUUCUGUUGAGCCUCUCCCUUCAUGCCAAAAUCCAGUGGAUCGUUUUAACUGGCACCGUAUGCUUUGAUUUUACAGAUCUGUGAAGGGGGAACUCUGAUAAUCUCUCACUGCAGCCAUGGCUGCUUCCAUCAUCAGCAAUUUGAGCUUUUCCUUUUUAAAUCUAAUUUUAGCAUUUGCUUUUUAACAACAGCAGUUUUGGAAACAAUCCUGGCUGGGUUUUGGUGACUAACUUGUGAUUCUUCUCUCCUUUCCCUGUGCGGUACCUGGUGCCAGGCUCUGGGUUCUUUCCCGUUCUCUCCCGAGAGACUCCAAGGGAAAAUUAGCGCAUCAAGACUGUAACUAGUGAAAUUUGUACAACCAAAGAAAUCUAUUUUGUGGUUCAAGGAUAAUAAAGUUUACUUUACAUUUUA